AUGGACGCCUUAAUUCCGGUAUUAAAUAAGCUUCAAGAUGUAUUCAAUACAGUCGGUUCGGAAAAUAUCCAAUUACCACAAAUAGUUGUUGUUGGCUCUCAGAGUGCGGGUAAAAGUUCUGUUUUAGAAAAUAUCGUCGGACGGGAUUUUCUCCCACGAGGUGCUGGUAUUGUCACUCGACGUCCAUUAACUCUUCAACUUUUCUAUACCCCACCCGAAGAUAAAGAAGUGCAAUGUCAAAAUUUGGGAGUUUCCGUACCGAAUGAUGAUGAAUUUGCAAUAUUCGCCCAUCUUAAAGGAAAAGUUUUUACAGAUUUUAACGAAGUUCGUCAAGAAAUUGAAGCAGAAACUGAUCGACUUGGUGGAAAAAAGAAUAUCUCUCAUGAGCCAAUAACCUUAAAAAUCUACUCCCCUAAAGUUGUCACCCUCACUUUAAUCGAUCUACCAGGUCUAACCAAAAUACCAGUCGAAGAUCAGCCAGCUGACAUCGAAAAACAAGUGAGAGAUCUAAUUAUGCAUUAUAUAUCUAAUCCAAACGCAAUCAUUCUUGCUAUUACACCGGCCAACGUUGAUUUUUCGACUUCUGAAGCGGUGAAAUUCGCUAAGGAAGUUGACUCUGAAGGACGACGAACGUUAGCUGUCCUAACAAAACUUGAUUUAAUGGAUCGUGGUACUGAUGCUUAUGAUGUUCUCUGUGGAAGAGUAAUUCCUGUUAAAUUGGGCAUCAUAGGUGUAGUCAAUCGAAGUCAAGAAGAUAUCCAUAAGAAAAAACCAAUUGAGGAAGCACUUCGAUACGAGUCGGCUUUUCUUCAAAAGAACUAUCCAUCGAUUGCUAGUCGAAAUGGCACACCAUUUCUCGCGAAGACAUUAAAUAGAUUAUUGAUGCAUCAUAUUCGAGACUGUUUACCUGCAUUAAAGACACGCAUUAAUCAAAUGGUAUCUCAUUUUCAAGCGCUCGUCAAUUCUUUUGGUGAACCAAUUGAAGAUAAAGGUAGAUUAUUAUUGCAAAUUAUUACGAAAUUUGCAUCAAGUUACUGUGCAACAAUCGAGGGAACAGCGAAGAAUAUCGAAGUUUCAGAAUUAUGUGGUGGUGCACGAAUUUGCUAUAUAUUUCAUGAAACAUUUGCACGUGCUCUCGAUUCGAUUAAUCCAUUGGAUACUUUGACGACAUUUGAUAUAUUGACAGCAAUAAGAAAUGCAACUGGUCCGAGACCUGCUUUGUUUGUACCAGAAGUUUCGUUUGAAUUACUUGUUAAACGACAAAUCAAACGAUUAGAAGAUCCAGGCUUACGUUGUGUGGAACUUGUUCAUGAAGAAUUGCAAAGAAUUAUUCAACAUUGCGGAGCACAACAAGAAUUUAUUCGUUUUCCUCGUCUACAUGAGAAGAUCGUCGAUGUUGUCACACAUUUACUACGUCGUCGUUUACCCGAAACCAACCGAAUGGUUGAAAAUCUCGUCGGGAUCGAAUUAGCAUAUAUCAAUACAAAACAUCCAGAUUUCCAUGAAGCCGGUCUUAUUCAUCGAGCCUUGACUGGUGGUGAUUAUAUUGCACCAGCAGCUUCAACAUCGAUGACAUCUCAAUCUGUUCAACCUCAUACCAAACCGCAACGCGACCCAUCUCGAGGAAAAGAGAACCGAAAUGAUGAGUCAACAUUAGGAAAAAUAAUUUCGAACAGUCGAAGCUUAAUUCAACAGCAUUUAACGGAUGGUUCCGAUGGAGAAGCUGUAACAAAUGGUGAACAAUCAUCGCCAUAUAUGGUCAAUACUGGACGUAAUUCUGCAGUAUCAUCAUCAAUGGCACCGGUUGGCGAUGGAACAACUGUUAAUACUCGAAAGCUUUCACCACGUGAACAACGUGAUUGUGAAGUUAUUGAAAAAUUAAUUCGUUCGUACUUUCUCAUCGUUCGAAAGAAUAUUCAAGACAGUGUUCCCAAGGCAAUCAUGCAUUUUCUUGUCAAUUAUGUCAAAGAUCAAUUACAAAGUGAACUUGUUGCUUCACUUUACAAAACCUCAACACAUGAACACGAUGAAUUACUUGACGAAUCUGGUCAAAUCGCUCAACGACGCAAGGAUGCUCAAGAAAUGCUUGAAGCAUUACACAAAGCGAAUCAAAUCAUUUCCGAAGUGCGCGAGACGCAUCUUUGGUGA